CGGGAUGACUCGGUCACACUGGUAACCACACUGUAACUUGUUUGUUUUUUUUAAGCUUGGAUUGGAAUCUCCAGAAGAUUUGGAAGUCAUGGACACCAGGGACUACCAGGUCGUCGCACGCCGACUAUGUCGCGUUUGUCUUCUCGAUUUGGAGCAAGCGUUUGGGCACGAUUUGUUCCUGGAUCCAGAGUUGGCUAAGAAAUUCACAGUCUGCACCUCGGUGGAGGCUGAUAAGCAGGACGGAUUUCCAAGUAACCUUUGCGAAAGGUGCUAUGGAAAGCUGAACGAGCUCCACGAGUUCAGGGAACUAUGCUUGAUUUCCAGGCAGCGAUUCAAAGAAAUGUUGUCUAGUAACUUGGUUACUUCAAUGGAGGUAUUUGAGCCUGCUAGAGAGGAUUCCGAGGCGGAAGAUCCCGGCAGCUUCGAUCCCCUUUUAAAUAAUAAAAUGGAAGUUAUUGGCAAUGAGGAGGAGGUGUUCAAAAUGCUGGAGACGGUGGAUAAAGACCCAGAGGAGCAUAGAAUCCCGGACGAAUCUUCCAACAAUGAAGAGGAGGAAGACGAAAAGCCCAAGCGACAGUACAAUCAACCUAGAGAGCGCCUUCGCGUUCAUCUUAUUACAUGUCCCAUCUGCCACCAAAAGUUCAAAAAGCAAUCCAAAUAUGAGGAGCACAUGAAGCACCACAAUGACUUGUUGCCCUUUCAGUGCUCAGAGGAAACUUGUAAGAAAGGCUUCACCACUGCGGGAGCACUGCGUCUUCAUAUCGACUACGCUCAUACGAAAAAAUCCAACGAGAUCCCCUGCACCGUGGAGGGGUGCCGGCUGCUGUUCCCUCGCCUCCGUCUAUUGACGAUUCAUCUGAAAAAAGUGCACAACCAGACUAGAGUGAGUGCUCCGCGUGGGGACCAACCUUGUCGCGAGUGUGGGAUGGUCUUCCGCUGCCCUGUGGCGCUAAAAAAGCACAUGUACAAGCACACGGGCGAGGAGCUGCCGUAUCCCUGCAACAUAUGCGGCAAGGGCUUCCACAUAAACAGUGCUUUGAAAAAUCACCUUCUGCGACAUGCCGGGAUCAAGAAUUACGUGUGUCCCUACUGCGGCGUUGGGAAAACCACCAGGCAGGAGUGGAGCAAACACAUCCUCACCCACACGCAGGAAAAGCAGUUCAAGUGCCACAUCUGCGAGCAUGCCACCCACACAAAAAGAGCCUUGGACAGCCAUGUGAAGAUUGUCCACGAAAAGAUCCGCAACUUCGCCUGCCAGUAUUGCGGAAAGACUUUCGGGAAAUCGCACGCUUGCAAAAUUCACGAGAUGACCCACACGGGGGAAAAGCGUUGCGAGUGUAAGGUUUGUGGCAAGAAGUUCCUCUACACAGAGAGCCUGACUAAGCAUCUAAAAAUUCACGAGAAAAGCGUGGAAAGAGCUUUGGAAACCUAUCGGCAGCGGCACGGGAAGGAAGACAUUACCGAAGCAGAGGUGGAUGCGGAUCAGUUGCUAAAGGUUUGCGCAGAGUCUGUGGCGACCAUACCCAAGGAUCCACGGCGCGUGGAGCGAGUUGACCUGGCCCAGUUGGCAGGGACAGUAGUUAAUCCUAUCCCUACCAUUCAUCUGCCGCCCAGCGAGAUGCCCACCCGGACGAAAUUCGUCCAGAAGGAAGGUAUGCACUUAUGCCCAGGCUGCGGCCAAGGAUUCAACAACUUGGGCAACAUGAAGCGCCACUACAAGACCGUUCACGAAAAGGUUAAGGACUUUGAAUGCCGCUUCUGCGCCCGCCGUUUCGCCAACUCGCAAUCCUUGAAGCAGCACGAAUGGAUUCACACCGGCGAAAAGCCGUACGAGUGCAAGAAUUGCGGCUCGCACUUCCGCCAAGAGGCGGCUCUCAUCCGACACCUAAAGGUUCACGACAAGAGACCGCCCAAACCCCCAAAGCCGCACAAGGAAAUCACGCACAAGGCGCGCCAGAAAGCCAUCCAGAAAAGUGCGCACAAGCGGAAGGUAGAGGCCCUCAGACAGGAGAUUGCCGUAGUGGCCAAAGAGGAGCUCAAGGAUCUGGAGAAGCAGCGGGCACUCGAAAAGCAGCAGAAUACCUAUGAGCAGUAUCAGGCAGCGGCAGCCGAUUCCAAGUCCACUUAA